AUGCCAAGAAAGUACAAAAAAAGACUUGAUGCCAGAAAAUACAAAUGCUAUUCUGAAGAACAUUUAAAGCAAGCACUUUCAGAUAUUGAAUUUAAGAAAAUGUCACUGAGGAAAGCCAGUGAACAUUAUAGCAUUUCCUUAGGUACAUUGAGUCAUCAUAUGAAUAAAAAACAUACUGGAAAAACUGGUCAUCCAUUUGUUUUUAACAAUGAUGAAGAGGCUACUUUUGUAGAACAUCCUCAGACAGUCGCCAAAUGGGGAUUUCCUUUUGACUCUUUUGACCUAAGAUUACUGGCAAAAAACUACCUUGAUUCUGAAGGUCGAAAGGUUACACAGUUUAACAAUAAUUUUCCAUCGGCGGAAUGGGCUAAUUCAUUCAUUAAACGACAGUCUGGUGAAAUUACAUUUAGAUUUUGCCAAAAUAUUAAGCGUUCAAGGUCCAAUAUAGGGUCAAGAAUAGUAAAAUCUUAUUUUGAUGAACUGAAGAAGUCGUUAACAGAUGAAUCAGGGGAUUUUAUUCCCCUAACUCACAUAUAUAACAAAUCUUUCUGCAAGGCAGAACACAUCUGGACUACAUGGACAGAAGGUGGCACCAAAGGCACACGGUAUAAUAAGAGUAAAAGUGGUUGGUUUGAUGCCUGUUGCUUUGCAGACUGGUUCGAGAGCAUUUUGAUACCUGGCAUUGACAAAUGUGCUUGGCUCCUAGUGAGUUAG